CCACACUUUUAGCCCACUGCCCCUCCAAAAUAUUAUACAAAACACACUCUCUGUUCUCCCGAGACUCUAUUUUUCGCCGGAGCCCUCUUUUGUCUGCCACCACCAACCGUCCCAUCUCUGUGAUAGACAAGCCCGUACAGACUCGAGCUGGACGGCUGCGUUACAGUCGCCUUCAACCAUUCCUCUCCUCGUUCCAAGCCCUCCCUAGCACUGUGUGGUGGUAGAGGUCUCCUCUCAUCCUCACAGCUUCCCCCACCUCCGACCGGAUCCUGCAAAAGGAGCUGAGACAAGAUGUGUGCAGACAUCAACGUUGAUGUUCUCGUCAUCGGUGCUGGGCCUACGGGUCUAGGUGCUGCGAAGCGCCUCCACCAGCUGAACGGGCCUUCGUGGCUGAUCCUUGAUUCCAAUGACAAGGCUGGUGGUCUUGCCUCGACUGAUGUCACUCCAGAGGGCUUUCUCUAUGAUGUGGGUGGGCACGUUAUAUUUUCACACUACAAGUACUUCGACGACUGCAUUGAUGAGGCCCUUCCCAAGGAGGAUGACUGGUAUACCCACCAACGCAUCUCGUAUGUCCGCUACAAGGGCCUCUGGGUCCCUUACCCUUUCCAGAACAACAUCUCCAUGCUCCCCAAAGAGGAUCAAGUGACGGCCCUCGAAGGCUUGAUCGACUCAGCCCUGGAGGUUCGUGUUGCGAACACGAAGCCCAAGGACUUUGACGAAUGGAUCCUUCGCAUGACAGGUGCAGGCAUCGCCGACAUGUUCAUGAGGCCGUACAAUUACAAAGUCUGGGCUGUUCCUACCACUAAGAUGCAAUGCCAGUGGCUCGGAGAGCGUGUUGCCGCCCCCGACGUCAAGAAUGUGGUCAAAAAUGUUGUUCUGAACAAGGUUGCCGGCAACUGGGGACCGAACGCGACGUUCCGCUUCCCCGCCCGAGAUGGUACUGGAGGCAUAUGGAUUGCCGUUGCCAAUACGCUCCCCGAAGAGAAGAAAAGAUUUGGCGAGAAGGGUGCAGUGACCAUAGUUGACGCCGACAAGAAGGUGGUGACUCUCAAGGACGGCACGACGAUUGGUUACGAGAAACUCAUCUCGACCAUGAAUGUUGACCAAUUGGUCGAGUCUAUUGGUAACCAGGAGUUGGUUUCCCUGAGCAAGGGUCUUUUCUAUUCUUCCACCCACGUCGUCGGUGUAGGUCUCCGAGGCGCACGGCCCGAUCGCAUCGGCGACAAGUGCUGGCUCUAUUUCCCCGAAGAUAAUUGCCCUUUCUACCGCGCGACUAUUUUCUCGAAUUACUCUCCUUACAACCAGCCGCAGGCUGACGUCAAGCUCCCUACGAUUUCGAUCGCAGAUGGUAGCAAGCCUACGAGCACAGCGCCCAAGGAGGGCCCUUAUUGGUCCAUCAUGCUGGAGGUGUCGCAGUCGUCUUUGAAGCCUGUGGAUGAGCCAAACCUUCUCCGGGACUGUAUCCAAGGCCUGAUCAACACCGAGAUGAUCAAGCCUGAAGAUGAGAUUGUCUCUACCUACCAUCGCAAGUUUGAUCACGGCUACCCUACGCCCACUCUUGAGCGUGAGGGUGUGCUGAAGCAACUUCUCCCCAAGCUUCAAGACCUAGACAUCUACUCUCGCGGCCGAUUCGGCAGCUGGCGGUACGAGGUCGGAAACCAGGACCAUUCUUUCAUGCUAGGCGUCGAGGCCGCGGACCACAUUGUAAACGGCGCGGUCGAACUGACGCUGAACUACCCCGACUUCGUCAACAGCCGCCAGAACGGGGAGCGUCGUCUUGACCAGGGCCCGCUAGCUGCUAAGAAGACGGGCGCAGCUAACCUAGCCAUCCGAAACUAAGAGUUGAGAUGUGAGACAUAUUGAAGGCAUAUUGAAGGCCUACGGAACCGUAUGAAUGAUGUUGAACGAACACGUUCCCCGCCCCAGGUUUGCGGUGCUUGUGGGGUCCUGAGAGAGAGACUAUUUUUUGACGGUAGCUGUGCGGGGAAUACAACCGUCGCCUGUGUAUGAGGGGGAGGUGCUGAUGACACGUUUGGUUGGUUCCGACUUGAGGCGUUGCGACGAGAAUGCGCGGCACUCCCGGCGGACACGUCUGCGCUUCUAGAGAGGAGGGUUUAAUGAUUAGAAGUAUAGACUCACGAGCUUCCUGCCAUCGCAUGCUGUAGAGACGAAGUGGCUAGACAGGCAUCGACCAAUCAAAUCAAGCAAAUAAAAAUACGACGGAUACAUAUGAUUCGAUAUGCGGACCCAGAAUACCAAGAACAUCAAAUUCUAACGGUUCUCACUUAUCAUAACUAGGUAGGUUCUAUGGUUAGCACCGUAUAGGUCAGUUUUGUGGCGAGGAGAUACGUGGAAGUCUGAGACUCAUACUGCGCGCAACCCCUACAUAACGGUGGGCAUCUGUUGAUAUGUGCCGAGGUAGGUGCCCGGCUUGGAGGUGACAGAGACCUUAUUACGGACCUAAUUCGGUGUCUAAGAUGGGAGGCUCUAACUGAAGCACAGUUUUUCAUCUACG